ACACUUUUCGGUUUGCCAGUGCAUAUAAAAUUCACGUUUACACUAUACUGUGAUCUGUUAAGUGUACGAUAGCGUUAUGUCUAAAAACCCAGUGUACCUACCUUAAUUAAAAAAUACUUCAUUGCUAAAAAAAAUGCUAACCGUCUGAGCCCUCAGCAAGCUACAGUAGUAACAUCAAAGAUCACUAAUCACAGAUCACUGUAACAAAUAUAAUAAUAAUGAAAAAGUUUGAAAUAGUAUGAGAAUUAUCAGAAUGUAACAGACAAGAAGUGAGCAAAUACUGUUGGAAAAAUGGUGCGGAUAAACUUGGUCAAUGUAGGAUUGCUCCAGGCCUUCAAUUUGUUAAAAAAAAAAUUGUGAAGCAUAGCCUAUUUUCUCUGUAGUGCUUAUGUGUUUGCCCCUCUAUUUCUUUUUAAAUCCUAGUUUUAAAAGUCAGGCUUACUGAUGUGUAAUUUAUAUUCAACAAAAUGCGCUUCUCGUAGGUGGGCAGUUUGAUGAGUUCUGGCACACAUAAUCAGUAAAACAACCAUCAAAACAGGAUAAUAUCUCUGUCACCUCCAAAUGUCCUUUCCCCACCUGUUUCUUGAUUUACAAAGUUUAAGCAGCAUCUGUAGAGUCCUUGCUCAUUAAGAUCAUUCUCUGAUUUUUAAGGAUAAUUUGCCUCAUUCCUAUUUUCUUCUCAGGGUGGAUCAGGUUGGAGUUUAUGUCCUUUAGUUAGAAUGUUGGGUUGUGGUCAGUCCAGGACAAAGGGGAGAAGGCAGAGCCGAGUUUGAAGACCCCCUACUCCAGGCUUGGGGCCUGCAGGAAGUGGCACAGUGGUGAACACACCGUACUACUGCGCAGGUGCCCUCUGGAGACCAAAGGGCCUCGUUGCGCAGUCCCUGGACUGGCCUAGGAGACCCGCAGGAGGGGCUCCCCAGCUGGAACUGCAAAGUCGCCCUACUGUGCACCAGGCUGAGGGGACCGGGAGCUAGAGGGACAGGCUCACUUAUUGUUGACAAUAAUAACUGUCAGUUGAGAGACUCACUUGCUAUGUGCCAGUACACUUAAAUAUAUUAUCCUCUUUCAUCUUUUUUAUUAAUAUAUUAAAAAAUUUUUGAAACAAAGGCAAAUGUGCAGAAAAGUUACGCAUACAAUACAAAGAACUGGUUUUGUUUCCUGAGCCGUUUGUGAGUAAGCUGUCAGUCUGAGCGCCCUCUUUCUCUGAUACUUCAGUGUCUAAGCAGGGGCCUUGCCCGCAGUACAGCCGUCAGGUACAUUCCUGCUAUCUGGAUCAGGGUUUCUCCUCCCAGCGACGUCCUCUGGAGCAGAAGGACCGCAGUCAGUACUGUGCGUUGUACAUGUUUGUCAAGUCUCUUCAGUCUAGAAGGAGUCUGGGUUUUUCCUUGGCUUGCAUGGGCUGACAUUUCCGAGUAUCAGAGGGCAGUGAUUUUGCUGAAUGACGUUCCGUGGGCAUCUCUGUCCGAUGUCUGGUGGGGAUGUCACAUACAGGAUGCUGUGUUCUCAUUGCACCUCAUCAGGUACUGUGGGCAUUGAUUUGGGCAUGUACACUCAUCAUUAGGGGCAGGUGCCUGAGGAAUUUUCAGUCCCCAUGAGGCUGCCAGUGGACCUCCCCGCACCAGUGCGCUCUUGUGGUCUUCUUGCUCUCCUGGGACCCACACCUGUCCCCAUGGUUUGUCGAGCGCCACCUGGCAGCCACUGCCAUCUGGAGCCCCGCCACAGAUGUCCAGGGUGCUGCAGAAAGAUGCAGAGCAGGAGUCCCAGAUGCGGGCAGAGAUCCAGGACAUGAAGCAGGAGCUCUCCACUGUCAACAUGAUGGAUGAGUUCGCCAGAUACGCCAGGCUGGAGAGAAAGAUCAACAAGAUGACGGAUAAGCUCAAAACUCAUGUGAAAGCACGGACAGCUCAGCUGGCCAAGAUAAAAUGGGUGAUAAGCGUUGCUUUCUACAUAUUGCAAGCGACCCUGAUGGUCUCACUCAUUUGGAAGUAUUAUUCCGUCCCUGUGGCCGUGGUGCCGAGCAAAUGGAUAACUCCACUAGACCGCCUGGUGGCAUUUCCUACUAGAGUGGCAGGUGGUGUUGGAAUUACCUGUUGGAUUUUAGUCUGUAACAAAGUUGUGGCUAUUGUGCUCCACCCUUUCAGCUGAAAAAGAAGUUGAAUACAGCUCUGACACUUUAAAAAAUGGAUUUUCAGUUGGGAGGUUAAAAAUCUGAUUUAUACUCUUUCAUUGUUUUUUGUUUUUUAAAGGAAACACAAGUUAGUUUUUUGGUUGAACGUGUUUGUUCUUGGGCUUUGUCAGAUUCUCGUAAGAAUCGUGAAUUUGGGUAUUUGUCAUGACCCGUAAAUGUCAGUCUCACACGUAAGCACCGUCCAGCAUGACACCAGAUUUGUAGUAAGAAAUGUGUGACAUUGUGGGAGGUGGCAUUUUGUUACUUAUGAUUUACACUCUUGAUAUAUUUUAAAGGUCACAUUGACAGCUGGAAAGUCAAAGUUAUUUAAUAACUUAAGUACUUUAAAGACUUUGUGCUAUUUUUAAUCCUGACUAGAAAAUAACUUAAUUUUAAUACCACUACUAGAGUUUGAAAAUUUAUUUUUUAAUCUCAUGCAGAACUUCUGAGAGAAUAACACUAACUGACAUUGCUUGUGUUCUUUCCUUCCUCUUGUUUAAAAUGUCAUUUGUUGGGCAGGACUUCAUUUAGUAUUGUCUACUUAUUCGAAGCUGUUAAUUUUUCAUUAUUGUGUUUUAUAAAUGUAUUUCUGAGACCAUAAUGCAUUGUUUUGUGCUUGAACUGUGUGUUUUAUAUUUAAAGCAUUUCAAAUGAAGGGUAAUUUUAAAGCAUUUAAUAUUUAUACUCUGUAUAAGGAACAAAGUUUAAAAACAACCUAGGAAAUCUGAUUAAAUUAAUUUGAAUGGAUAUACAUUUGGCCCAUAAAAUUUAAUUCUGCUAAGUAUUUUUAAAAACAUUUUUUUCUAAUUAAAGUUUCUGCAAGUGCUAUGUGACUUCUUUCCUUGUGGCCACAUAUUUGCUACGACCAGUCUGUGGCAGAGGACCAUACCCAUUAACUAAGUGGGCCACAGCCACAUAAAGCUGAAUUCUGUCAUCAGUUUUGACAAGGUCAUUUUUGUAUUCCUGUAUUCUCUAAUGGUGUAAUAAGUUCGUUAUUAUUUCUGCUAAUUGUGCUGUGAAAGACAGUGCUGUACUGCGUUAGUUUAUCGUCACCAGAGUGGGUUUCAUGGUCCCCUCCCCUCUCAGACAUACGGGCACCCAGUUGACUUAGCUUUGAGGAAGGAGGCGGAGCAGGGGACAUGGCCGUAUUUAUAGCGGACAAGUGUCGUGGAGGACUCGGACACCAGCAUCCCACAUCCAGUCACCACACCGGGAACAUUUUAGCCACCGAGGAUGAGCAGCGACCUGCGGAGGAGUCGCCGCACGAGGAAUCUGCAGGGGCUCAGGUCCCUUCAAGGCCACGCGCCCCACGCCUGUUUUUCGGGAGCUGCAGGCAGAAGUGGCAGGUCACACAGUGAACAGUCGGGUGGCCAGGGAUGCGUGCCCGGGAUGUCCUCGGACCACUGAUCCGUGUAAAGCCUCCCUGACAGGACCCUUGUUUAUCUGCUUACGGUAUAUUCUUUCAGUUAAUCCUGCCAGGAUUCUGACACGUUCACUAAGGCUGGGGGAAAGGAUUUAGAGUUCACAGCUGCUAAUUCUUUCCACGUUCAUUAAUAGUUUGUGAAGGUUAAGUAGGGGACAUUUAAAUAUCCCUUGUGCUUCACAUCAUUGUGGUUUUUGAAAAAUGGUGUUUGUUUUUAAAUAGAUAAUAAACGUGGCACUGAAUUCAGAAGAUAGAGAAAGGGGUGUGAUGAAGGUGCGUCUCCUGACCUGCUAUCACCUGGCCCAGGUUUCCGGAAUUUCCUGCUGUAACCAGUUCCUGCGGUUCUUACAGUGAUAUUCCUUAUGGUUAUGAAUACUGACGUGUGCUUUUAAAAUAACUUUAAAAAAUUAUAAAAACAAUACCUAAAAAAAACCCCACAAAAACUAUUUGUCGCCUUUUUUUUUUGUUUUGUUUUUAAUCCUGCUUGGAAAGUACAGAGAAGGAGGAA